CCCGUCACGCUGGUGUUAAACGGGGGCUUUUGUUGACGCCUCCUCUUGAAGUGGACCCAGAACGCGCUGCGGUGGGAGUGGUGAGAGUGUCUGUUCACGAACUGCACACACAGAACCAGGCUGGGUGAUUGACCAUUUCCUGGAGGGAGGUACUUACCAUUUCAAAUGUCCACAGCUUGGACCCGGACCGCUGUCCAGGUCUUGCCUGUUUGGAGAGCAGGGCCGAAACUACAUGCGAUGGACUGAACUCCACAUACACACACACACAAACGACUGCACAGGGCUACUGCUGCUCCUGCCUCUCUGACAAAACAGACCUUCACCUUUGGGACAGUAUCAACUUUAGUUUAAGGCAUGAUUCAGAGGAAAGAGGUGGUGCUCUCUGUCCUGGGGGAGCUUCAGGAGGCCACAGAGUCCAUGGGCUUGGAUGCACUGAUUAAAGUAGCCCUGGAAGUGGAACAGGUCCUUGCCCCCUUCGAUCUCCCCGCAGCACUGUGCACGGAGAUCUCCUCUUGGAUGGGUGUUGAUGGGGUGGCUCACAGACUCUACCCAGCAGAUGCACCAGCUGGUUUGCUUCCUCUGGUCUGCAAAGGGGAGGGCAACCUGCUCUUUGAUGCUGCAAGCAUGCUACUGGUGGGCUCCACAAGCCUGAGUUUGGAGCUGCAGGUGAGGACGGUGGUGGAGAUGCUGCUAUGGAAGCAGUACUACCUCUGUGGCAUGAUUGACUCCAAGGUGAUGCUGCAGGCAGCCAGGUUUUCUCUCUGUGCCGAGGAGUCCCAGGACAUGCUCAAACUUCCCAUGCAAGUGCUAGAGGCCAUCUUUGAUGCAGAUGUCAAGGCCUCCUGUUUCCCUGGCUCUUUUGCUAACAUGUGGCAUGUCUACGCGCUGUCAUCUGUCCUCCAGUGCAACAUCUACUCCAUCUACCCUAUGUAUAACCUGAAGAUCAGGCCCUAUUUCAACCGUCUUAUUCGCCCCAGAACAUGCCUCAAGGACACUGAACCUUUCACCAUGCACAUUAUGUGGUCUGGUGAACUGGAAGCAGGCUCCAUCUUCAAACCUCAAAACUUUGUCGCCUUGAUUCAUGCCAGUGACCUCAAAAUUGGAAGCCCCAGCAGCGAGCAGCGGUUGCCAUCUGUGAAGUCCUUAGAUCUGCUAAGUCAACACUCUCAGCUGUCUUAUUCCACUCUCAAAGACAAGUUCAACAUCACAAAGAGCACCUUCUAUCGCUGGAGGCGGCAAAGCUCAGAGUAUCACAAGAAAUCAGUGGCCAGGUAUGAAGCAAAACACUUUUUUCAGGCCUGCUACAAGGAAGGGAAGCUCAUCCCUCAGAACCAGUUCAAAGAGUUCUUUCCAGAAAUUUCCAGAUCUACAUACUAUGCCUGGAAACAUGAACUCAUGUCCACGGGCAGCAUUGCCUCUGGAAGCUCAACUGGAGAGCUGAGUCCUGGCGAUAGCAUUGAACAGGACUACUGGUCCUCCCCAGAGAUCAAGAAACAACCCGGUGAGGAAAGUUUUACCAGCUUGCAAGCCCUCAAAUCUGAAAAACUAGAGGGUGAUCGGGCUCAGAAUGCAGCCCUGAUGCAGGAGGCUAAGAAAAACCUCCAGAACUGCAUCGCAACAAAUACAUCAUUCCCCUACAGAAUCUUCAAAAGACGGUUUCCAGGAAUCUCGAGAUCCACAUACUACAACUGGAGGAGGGAAGCCAUGCUGUUCACAGCUUUCAGAGAUCUCUCGGGGAGUGGCGAAGAAAGUUCAGAUGCUGAUAAAACCCAGAAUCCAAAAGGGAAGCUGUUGCCAGCUUUGCUAGAGAGCCGCAGGCUGACCCCCAGAGUUAGGCUCUCCAGACGCAGUCAGAAAAGUCUCAGGUUGAUCUACCUGCAGAAGAAAAAGCACAGAGAAGAGGCCAAAGCAUGUGUUCAGAAUUCAAAGAUGUCUCUGUUCAAAUUCAAGCUCAAGUUCCCCUCCAUCUCCACGUCUUACUACUGGUUUUGGAGUUAUUCCCACAAUAAGAAAGCUCAGAAAAAGCCUAAUUUGAUUUUUGAGACAGCUGAGCCUAAAGAAGCAGAUGUAACUAAAGAUCAACUGCAACAGGUGGGAAGUCAGUCACUGUUUCCUUUUGAUGGAGCCAUGGAUUACCUGAAUAGGCAGACAGUCAGCCCGGCUGAGUUCACCCUGCCUGAAUACCAUCUGUCUGACAAGAGUAGCAGUGAACAAAUGUUUGUGAUGGAUGUCGUGGCAUUAGCCAAUUUCAAGGCCAAGGCUAAACUGUUCCUGCAGCAGCGCUUUGAAGAGAAAUCUUUCCCCACUUUCAAAGAAUUUAGAUCCUACUUUCCUCUCACUCCACGCUCCACAUAUUACAUGUGGAAAAGAGCUCUGCAUCACGGAGUGCCAUUAGUUCAUGGCUGAAUGCCUUAAAGGGAAUUUCUUUCACUUAGCGAAGCUGCCUGCCUAUCUGAACAGUCAUAGAUGAACAUUUCUCACCAAUAGCUGAACAUUUCUCAUCAAUGCACAUCCUGUGUGACUUGAGUCUGGAAUCCAGGUGACUCCCAACAUGGUGUAAUUGCAGUUCAUGCAUCUUAAUUGUGUUCCUUUCAGCCACUUUACUUGACCACUUGGUUCCAGCUCAAGGACAUUUGCAUGUGUGUGAAAUCAGACAGUCUUUACAUGCCACUCAAGUCCGGAUGGCCCUCAGGCAAAAGGCGGUUCAAAGCCACAGAUAUCAGGGUUUCGAAUGACUCUUUGUUCAGGGCUUUUCCCUUUUUUUGUUUAAAUUUUAAAUUGACCAUCAGUAUUUUUGUGGGUUCACUUUAUGUCUUAAUUUUAAAUGUUUUGAAUGCUUUUUUUUUUUUUCUUUUCAAUACAUUAUUUUAUCCCAUCUUUUCGUAUCCAGCUAUCAAUGAAUGGUCUUUUUCUUUAAAAAAAAAAAAAAAAAUCAAGAACAGCAAAAGUAUGACAUUUUCUUUUUGGCAUGUUUCAGGAUUCCACAUAUAUAUUUUUGUAUUGAUUAUUGAAUGUUAUCUCUUUGGGAACGAAUUCACUCGGGGUACAGGGUAUAAAAUAGGCAGUUCAUCUGAAUAAGUGUGUUUGAAACUGUUUUGCACAUUAUCACAUUGCUCACUGUUGUGUUCCAGUAGUGCCUUAAUAUGUGGCUCUUCAAUUGUAAUUCUGGACAGACGGUCAUUGCUACAUUCUUAUACGCUUAAAUUGGACAUGGUUCUCUGAGUAGCUUUUUGUUAUACUACCUAUUUGGAUGUAUUUUUUAGUUUGGGUGACUUCAAAAACAGUGUCACUGUCAGUGACUUGUACAAGCUUUAUUUAAAUGUCUGAAAUGCAGCUCAAGACUUUUUUUGUUUCAUUGAACACAUUCCUGUUUAAGGCAAGUCAACUGAGUGUGUAUUGCUGUUAUACAGGAAAUAAAUCCAUGUACUCAAA